CCAAAACCCAGAUGCUGCUGGGAAUUGAGCCCAGGUCCCCGGGGCAGGGAACGAGUCCCUGGCCUGAUGCCGCUGAUUCUUGCCUUUCCUCCCACCAACGUCCAGGACACAAAGUCCUUUGCCGUGGGCAUCUUCAAGGGUCAAAUAAUCACGGAGCAAGUCUUCCCUUACCCUUCAGUCUUGAGCGAGGAGGAAGCCCAGACCUUGAAGGAGCUGGUGGGCCCCGUCUCUCGCUUCUUCGAGGAGGUGAACGACCCGGCCCGGAACGACGAGCUGGAGUGCGUGGAGGAGAAGACGAUGCAAGGCCUGAAAGAGUUGGGGGCCUUUGGCCUGCAGGUCCCCGUGGCCCUGGGCGGGAUGGGGCUCACCAAUACGCAGUACGCCCGGUUGGUGGAGAUUGUUGGCAGGCACGACCUGGGUGUGGGCAUCACCACUGGGGCCCACCAGUCCAUUGGCUUCAAGGGGAUCCUGCUGUAUGGCUCCCCGGAGCAGAAGGAGAAGUACCUGCCCAAGUUGGCAUCAGGUGAGAUCGUCGCCGCCUUCUGCCUCACCGAGACCACCAGCGGCUCCGACGCAGCCUCGAUCCGGACCAGAGCUGAGCUCAGUCCCUGCGGCUCGUACUACACUCUCAAUGGGAGUAAACUCUGGAUCAGCAACGGUGGCAUUGCUGACUUAUUUACCGUAUUUGCCAAAACGCUGCAGAAAGAUGAGACAGGGCAAACGAAGGAGAAGAUAACAGCCUUCAUUGUGGAGCGAUCGUUCGGGGGGGUCACCAGUGGCCCCCCUGAGAAGAAGAUGGGCAUCAAGGCGUCCAACACAGCCGAAGUCUACUUUGACGGGGUCCGCGUCCCAGCAGAGAACGUCCUGGGAGUGCCUGGGGCCGGGUUCAAGGUUGCCAUGAACAUCCUCAACAACGGGCGAUUUGGCAUGGCAGCUGCGCUGGCAGGCAGCAUGCGGGGUCUCAUUGGCAAGGCGGUGGACUUUGCUGCCAACCGAACACAGUUUGCGGAAAAAAUCCAUAAAUUUGGCGCCAUCCAGGAGAAGCUGGCCCGCAUGGCCAUGCUGCACUACGUGACGGAGUCAAUGGCGUACAUGAUCAGCGCAAAUAUGGACCGGGGGGCUUCUGACUUCCAGAUUGAGGCAGCCAUCAGCAAAGUCUUUGGCUCGGAAGCUGCCUGGACGGUUUCAGAUGAAUGCAUCCAGGUCAUGGGCGGGAUGGGAUACAUGAAGGAGAGCGGGGUGGAGCAGAUGAUGCGGGAUUUGCGCAUCUUCCGGAUCUUUGAGGGUACCAACGAUAUCUUGCGGCUUUUCAUUGCGCUCUACGGAUUUCAGAACGCGGGGAACCAGCUCCGGGGCUUGCAGCAGGCCGUCAAGAACCCCUUUGGGAAUGCCGGGCUCUUGGUCAGCGAGGCUGGGAAGCGAGUGCGCAGGAAGGCCGGCUUGGGAACAGGGAUCACCCUGAGAGGGGCGGUGCACCCAAGUCUGGAGUCCAGCAGUGAGCAGACCGUCCGAGCAAUUGACCUCUUUGCAGGCAUCAUUGAGGAACAGCUUCUCAAAUACGGGAAGAAGGUCGUUGACGAGCAGUUUAUGCUGAAACGCAUCGCUGACAGCACGAUUGAUAUCUACGCCAUGGUGGUGGUUCUGUCCAGAGCAUCGCGGGCCCUGGAGCAAGGACAAGCUACAGCCCAGCAUGAGAAGGUGCUUUGUGAGACCUGGUGCACGGAGGCCUACGAGCGGAUCACCCAGAACUUGGCCUCUCUUCAGUCCAACUCCACCCAGCAGCUCUUCAAGAACCUUCGGGUCCUCUCCAAAGCGGUGGUGGAGAACGGAGGGGUGGUCGCCCCCUACGCCCUGGGGUUCUGAGACCCCCGGCCGCCCCGCAGCUGGGUCUCGGCUGCGCUCCUCCCUUGUUGCAGCGAGGGCUGCGGCUUCGGGGUGGGGCGUUCGAGUCUCAUUCCGCGUGGAAGGCGGGGUGCCCUGUUUGGAAAGACGUGCCUCGUUGCUCUCCAAAUGCCUUAAUGUUGUCCCCAGACGUCCCCGGUUUUGAGAUGCUUGAGGCGACAGAAACGCCGCCAUUUGUGUUCGGGUUGCCGGCCUCUUUGGCUGACUUGCCAGCAUUCGCUUGGAAAUUCAGCCAUCCGAUUGCUUGUCCGGUCCCGACUGUUGUGCUGUUCUUUCUGGGAGUUACUAUUAAAGCAUUUUAUCCAA